CGCACCCGGGGAGAGUGAUACUGGUGUGAUGUCAGAUAUCGGGCUUCACUAAUCAAAACAAAAGUCAAAGACAAGAAAACGAGAUUUCCCAACAAAGAGUGUCAAACAUCCGACACGGAAGGCAGCAGACCCCUGACACGUUGAUACAUGAAGCGAUCCAUCCUUGGAUUCAUGAACAAAGUGAGAAGACGGACGUGAUUGUUUCCUGGUCAUUCAUGCAAUCCCAAAAACGUGCCGACAUGAAGCCGGUGUCCGCGAUCAGUCUCAGGUGCAUUAUCUGUUUUGGAUGCUUUUUGCUCAUUAUCCCUCUAUGUGAGCUCAAAUCGAUGGGUCGCCUUCUGAAGGAUAUGCAUCGGGGCAAUCAAACUUACGACGAUCAACAUGGGCUCUACAACAGCUCCAUCUUCAACUCCAAAUCCAUCAGUGAAAUUUGGGGCUUGUUCAUGAUCGAGAACCUCAAUCCCAGUUGCAUUAUGGUGAGUGAUGCAUUAACCGAUCAAGAAGAAUGGAAAUGGGUAAACCUUUCGUUCCCGUUUCCCUUUUACGACCAAGACAUUACCAGUGUCGGGAUAUCUGAAAAAGGUUUCAUAUCAACAUCUUCAAACCACGGAAAGGCGCCAAAUCCAGAUGAAAGUUUAAUAGCACCUUUGAUGGCCAAUUUUGAGUCAGACACCAAACUUGGCGGUCAAGUCAAGUACGCUGAAGUAUAUCUUCAAGAGACUGGCAAGUACUUCUUGGUCCAAUGGAUCAACGUUACUCUCAUUGACCAACCCGAAUUGGGACCUUAUUCUUUCCAAGUUAUUCUUCAAGAGAAUGGAGACAUUGUCUUCCUUUAUCAUAAGAUAUCUCAAGCUUUAUUCUACAUCAACAACGAAUUUCAUCCAGUCCGAGUGGGGCUUUCGAAAGCUUUACCCCAUAACAGUCAAAUCAAAUCCUUCCAAGACCUUUUGGCCAACUACCAGUCCCCAGCUGACUUAAAAAAGAACAGGCUAAUUCACAUCACAAACAAUACCAGUGUAAUUUGGCAACCCUUGCUUGCUUGUGCAAGUUUCAACUCUUGUGAAACGUGUUUAGGCGGAUCCAUUGAUCCUACCAGGGCUUGCCAAUGGUGCCAAGAGAUCGAGUCAUGUUCCACUGGGUUGGACCGUAAUCGUGAUAAUUGGGACCAACACCAAUGCUCCACCAAAUCCGUCAGGGAUCAUUGUCCACAACCUCUGGAUGAGAAGGCACAAAGACCCAUCAAAGAAACUAUUAUUGAUGAUCAUGAUUACUACAUGAAUAUAAUCGAGCCCGUGUCUCGAGAUCAAUUUGACAAACAUUGGGUUAAAAUGGACAAGGAAGAGGGUGUGACUAAAUUGAAAAGUGUUUCCAAUAUGAAGAUUGGAGCCGAAAGAGUGUCACUGCGGCUUUUUCCUCUCACGUUUUACGGUCAUAAGUUGGAGAAGCUAUUUGUUACAACAGAGGGGUUUCUGUCCUUGGCAGAGGAACUUCACGAUGGAAUACAUGCCCUUCAAUACAUUGCGCCAUUGCAAGCAAAUUGGGAUUUGAGUGCCUCCAAUGAAUCCGAAAUUCGAAUGCUGUACGACGAAGAGCGUCUAACAUUGGAAUGGGCUCAAGUCACCCUGGAACAUCAUCCUGAAAUUGGAUCAUUCACGUUCCAAGUGUCAAUUCUGGCCAACGGAGAUAUGGUCUUUGUUUAUAAAGAAGUGGGACGUACCUGGAACCAAGUUGACUCGCCUCCGAACGGCAGCAUGUUCAAUAAGACGUUUACCGUUGGUAUUUCGGACGCUUUUGAGAAAAAUCAUUUCCUUUACGAAUAUAACAGGAUCGACAUAGAUCUUUCAUAUAUUCAACCUAAUGCGGUCAUUCGUUUUCGAGCUCGACAAACUUGCAAUCAACUAAGUAGUUGUCACUCUUGUUUGACCACAAACCUGCCAACUUUUCAUUGCGAAUGGUGCCCAAGUUUAAGCACUUGUUCCAGUGGAAUGGACCGCUUACGAGAAAAUUGGGAAUCUAACCAGUGUCAUCGAUUCAAUGUGUCCAAUCCGUCAAUGUGUCAUUUGAAGUCAGCCAGCAAGAUCAAGUUGUCUCAUGAUUACUACAACACCACUACUAUCCUGGAUCCCGAUCUUGUGGGUCAGCGCCUUUGGGUAGAAGGUCGCAAGUUUAAAAGUGUUCCAUUCCAUAAGGGGACAAAAGUGGUUCUUUCGUUUCGGUUUCCGUUCUACGGAAAACCUCUUCACGAGCUCUUCAUUCUGCCUAAAGAGGGCAUCAUUGCGCUAGAUUCUCCCCCUGAAGAACCCCAUUUCAUGUACGCCAGUGAGAUUGCACCUCUUAACCUUGACUUUGAGAUGGACCGUUUGGAUCCUCUCAGUCGAGUUGCUUAUUGGGAUGAUGGAACACAGGUAGUAAUCGAAUGGAGGAAUGUCAUCAUGAAAACUGGAGGGACCAAGUCCAUGAAAGUGUCCUUCCAAGUGCAACUCCGAUACAAUGGAACCAUCAUUUUCUUCUACAAAUCCCUACCCGUGAGUUUGCAAGAGGCUUGGGUGAGGAAAUUGGGAAUCAGCGACGCCUAUGCAUCCCAAUUUUCAACACCCCUGGACUUUUUAAUGGUCCAACCCAGUAAGACGGAAUACCAUUCCAUCAGCUUGAAGAACCAGACCUCAUUGAUUUCCAAUGAAACCGCCAUUAUGAUCGAGCCUCUUCUGUCUUGUAAAGACAAUUACAAUUGUGAAAGUUGUGUUGAAUUCUCGACAAAGUGCCAAUGGUGUCCCCAAAUAGGCCAUUGUGCCUUGUUCGGAUUCGAUAAAUCUCACCAGAAGUGGAUUGACAAUGGAUGUCCCAUGUCGUAUGUGUCUCACAACUCCUCUGAUACUUGUCCAACCGUUAGCCCAAUGAUGGGUGUGAAGAUGGAAACUGAGCCCAUGGAUGUGGUUUACCAGAGCAUCGCCGAUCAUCAUGACUAUUACAAAUCCGUCUUAUCAAAUGACGAGACUGUAUUUAAGGCUCUGAGAGUCGGUAUGAAACUGGACGAUCCUGAUGUCAUGUACUUAAGCACGACUUCGAAUUACUUCAGACAGAAGGACGAUGUCACUUUGGGCUUUGAAUUCCCUUUCUACGGCCAUUAUUUGAGACGGAUCGCGGUGAUCUCUGCUGGAUUCAUUUCCAUUCCAUCCGUGGAACGAAGUAACAUCAUUCAGAGCCAAUACAUUGCACCCCUCAUGGCGGACUUUGAUGCCAGCUCCAAUGAGAAUGCCUAUGUUUUGGCCAAAUCCAUUGACACUCAUCUGAUUGUGGAGUGGGCCAACAUGACCAUCAAGAGUCAACCUGAACUAGGGUCAUUCACAUUCCAAGCUCAAUUGUUCCCAAAUGGUGACAUCAACUUUGUUUACAUCGUCAUUCCAUGUCCAUUGGCCCAAAUUGACGAUGAGGCCCAUCCAUUGAAUGUCGGCCUCUCCGAUGCUUAUUUUAUGGACCAUCACUCACCAGGAGCACAAAAAAUGGGCCUUAUGCAGAAACGAUACAUCUAUCACGAUUUGGAUCUCGCUCCUCAUUUGAAUCAGAUUAUCAAUGGAACCGUGAUCAAACUACAAGCUCUUCCCACUUGUAACAAGUUCCAAAGUUGCUGGGAAUGCACCACAGGCAAUACAGAGUUCAAUUGUGUUUGGUGUCCUUCGCUCAAGCUUUGUUCCAAUGGGUACGACCGGAACCGGCAGGAAUGGAUCAAUGGUCUCUGCUCUUUGUCCCAUCAUAGCAUAAAGAACACGAGUCAUUGUCCCAUUGAACAAAUUCAAAGUCACCACGAAUACUAUAAUCGCACAAUUCACGUCAACACGUUAGUGGAAAAGCAAUCGAUCAUUAGACAUAUGAUCCACAGUGACUUCAACACUUUUAAGACUGAAUUGAGCGAGCCGACUGAAUUCCUCUCGUUCAAACUUCCAUUUAACUUUAAGUUCUACGGCCAAGAGUAUGAAGAGCUACUUCUUUCUCCGUUGGGAUUCGUCACAAUGUUCAACGAAGAGCUCCAAGAAGAGGGGAUCAAGAACGAGAUUGCACCUUUGAGAAACAUUAGCCAAGUCUAUAUCAAAACCCAUCCGCAAGUAACCUUGACCUAUGGCGCCAACAAGGAUCAAUUUUUGGCUUUAUGGAACGAGACCUCAAUCCCGGACAUGGCUUUUGAGCUUGUUUUAAAAUCAAGCGGCGACAUUCUUUUCAAGUAUUGGAACAUUCCGGUCGAUUUGGAUCAGCACAAAUAUUUUGUUGGCAUCGCCUCCACGUUUCCCCCAACCAAAUCAAAACCAUCCCAAGUGUACAAGAUCAACACAGAAAGGGAACACGUCGUUCAUGGGUUAACCAUAAUGUAUGAGCUCUUGGAACAAUGUUCAGACUUCCAAUCGUGUUCCGAUUGUGUGCAGCACAAUUGCAAUUGGUGCCAUGGAUCUCACGCUUGUCUUUCUGAGACCAUCGAGUGUUCUACCAACGUGUCCUCAAUUGCCGAUUUAGGAUCACCUCAGUGUUCCACAUCGAAUUCGGUCUUUAUCUUCACCUUGAUUGGGAUCUCUGCAAUCCUUGUUCUCACCAUAUCUACCUUAAUAUACCACGGUUGGCGUCAUCCCGCCAGUUGUCCGGGUCAAGUAUUGGUCCACAUGAGGGUCACCAGCCACCAUUGCUGCCAUGGGGCGGAACCUCUCCAUGAUGGUGAAUUGUGGGAACGAAGGGCUAGUAUUGCCACCACCGAAACAACUUUGUCAUCGUUAACGUGACCUCGAUUAUUUUAAUGAAAAUAAUGAUUUUGUUAUUUCUGACCAAGAGCGUCUCGGAAAUGUGACAAACCGGAACUAAAAAUUAGUUUUGCAAUUUGAAAUAUCUAAGCAUCCCUUACUACAAAGAGAUAACUGAAAGUAAUAUUAUGGAUACUUAGACCGUGCUUUGUCAAAAUUUAGUUAUAUUCGUCUGUUAAAGAUUUUGACCUUUAGUUUGAAACACCGACAAGGAAAAUGAGAUGGUUGCGAAAAUAGCAAAAAGCGUCGCGUCAUUAGUUGGUUGUUGAUGAAUCUGACAGGGCCAUUACUUACUGAGGGCAAUGUUGAUCAAUAAGCAAAUCAUCCCCCGUUUAACAACGUCCCAAAUAAAUGUACCAAAACACGUG